AUGGUCGAAAAGGUGAUCCAGUUGAGGUGCGACUGCAACCAGUACCCAUGGGGAAAACAAGGCUCCAAGUCGCUCGCCGCGACAUUGUGCGCAAAGACACCAGGCACAAGCUUCAAGAUUGACGAGAAUACCAGCUAUGCUGAAAUGUGGAUGGGCACAUAUCCCGAGUUACCCUCCUAUGUUUUAGAGACUGGCGAAGACCUUCAGGAUGUCAUUGAUAAGCAUCCCGAUGAGCUUAUCGGAAAGGCUGUUGUUGAUAAGUUCAAUCACACCAAGCUGCCAUACCUGCCAAAAGUCCUGUCAAUAGCAAAGGCUCUACCCCUGCAGCUACACCCAAACAAAGAGCUGGCUUCAAAGCUACACGCAGAAAACCCAAGUCAGUUCACAGACCCAAACCACAAACCAGAGAUUGCCCUGGCUCUUGGCGACUUUGAGGCCUUUUGCGGGUUCAAGCCUCUUGAAGAGCUUGCACUUUUGAUGAAACUCCCCCCGCUUCAGGGCUUCAUGCCUGAGGCCACAAAGCCGACAUUUGACGACCAGAAGUUGAAGCAUGUUGUCAAGGCAAUGCUUAUGGCUUCCGAGGAUACUGUCCGCAAGACCAACGAUGCCCUGAUGAAGAUACCGAAAGAGGAAUUUGGCGCUUCCAGCUACAUUCCCGAGAUGAUUCCUCGUUUGGCAGAACAGUACAAGUCUGACAACGGAACGCUCGUUGCUCUCGUCACUAUGAACUACUUGAAGCUCAAGGCUGGUGAAAGUAUUUAUAUUCCCGCCGAUGGUAUUCACGCCUACCUGUCUGGCGACAUUAUCGAGUGCAUGGCUCGAUCAAACAACGUACUCAACACUGGUUUCUGUCCCCGUGCUGAUCGCGACAACGUCGAUAUGUUCUGCUCAGUUCUCACGUUCUCACCACACAACGCAAAGGAAGCUAUCCUACCACCACAAGCCUUCGACAGGAGCAAAAAUGGCAAGACGCAGAUGUAUGCACCUCCUCUUAGCGAGUUCAACAUGUUGGUAACAACAAUGAGUGCCGGCGAUUCCGAGACGAUUGGGUCACUCUGUGGACCCAGCGUCAUGAUCGUAACCGAGGGCGAAGGUAUUAUGAAGGGCAAUGGCAAGGAGUACAAGCUGAGUGAUGGCUAUAUUUUCUUUAUCGGCCCCGGCGUGGACCUGGAGUUUAACGCCACCAAGCAGUUGAAGGCAUUUACAGCUUUUGCUGAGUAA